AUGACUAGCGGAUCUCCAAAGGCCGGAGGACCUCCCGGUUCUACCAGAACCGAGGGCAUGGCACAGAAAGUUUCUAAGCUCCUCGAGUUCUUGGAUAAAACUGUUGUAGAGCCCCAGCAGAUCCACCGCGGGGAACCGGAAGUUGGCCACACUGACACAGUGUUGCCUGCGAGUGCUGACAGACAGCUGCCGGGUGGGCUAUUUUUUCACCCACCGGUCGGUGGAGACUCAAAGACGGCGGUUUUACGGCAGAAGGUCGCCGCCCUCGAGCUAGUGGUAGAGGAGAAACAUCAAAGCGUCCUAGCACUCAAAAAACUCCUGGACCAGCAAGAAGAAUCAAAACGGCAACUGACAGAGAAACUGCAGAAAGGGUUCAAAGCAGAGAUCGCCAAAUAUGAAGAGGCUCUGGACCGUCAGCUAAACAUGGUGGACAAGCUUCUGGCCGAUAAAAAUGAGUUAACAAAGAAAUGCGAUGGCCUGGCGGAAGAGAUGAAGCAAGCAGAGGCCAGGUUCCAGCUGAAGCUCGAGGAACAAGCCAAACGCUUUGAAAGAGAAGCUGAGCGUCAGAAACGGCAAUCCAUCAGUGCGGAGAAGUUUCAGAAGGACGCCCAGGAGAGAAUCCAUCUAAUCAAAGAGCAGAUGGCCCGCGACCACGACGACGGCCUCGAGCGGGAACGGGCGCAUCAUCGACGACUGAUGCGCGAGCAACACGAGCAGUUUGAGAAAGAAGUAAGGCCAGCGAUCGCCAGGAAGAAGAUUCACACGGCGAUCUUGCGAGGCACGGAGCCGAAUAUUUCUUCGGAAAAGGCGGCACGUUUUCCCGCUCCGGACGGUGGCCGGUUCAGUGCCUCAACCGUCUUUGUCCAUUUGCAGCAGUCGGCAGCGAUUGAGCAGGAAAAGAACCGCGCAAACGAGAAACUCGAGCAAGUGGCACGUGAAAUUGAUGCCCUGCGACAACAGCAUGCAGAGGAGCUGGAGAGGGUGCGCCACGAACUGGAAGCGAAGGAGGCAGAGUGGCGAGACAAGCUUGCGCACGAGGUCGAACGUGAAACUCAGAAGAAACUGGAAAAGGUGAAGGAGGAGUUGUUGGAGGAGCGUGACAGAAAGCUGGAUGCAGUCAUCGAGAAGAUGGGAAGAGAGCAGUUGGAGAUUCAGCAACAGCACCGGCGGAGAAUCGACGAAGUUGCUCGCAGCGCACGCGCCGAAGCAUCUGCACAGUUGAAAGAAGCCUUGGAAAAGAACGCGAAACUCGUCGAGUCUCUGAAACUGAAAGAGUUGGAGGUUGAGGCUGCAGAAAAGCGCAUCGCGGAUCUUGAAUUCACCAACUCGGAGAGACAAGCAAAAAUCAUCGAGUACGAAGCCAAGCUUGAAGAGCGGAGACAGCAGAACCAGGCGUUGCUUGAGGAGAAGGAAGACGAGGCUCGGAAGUGGAAGUCGGUCAUUGAAGAUCAGGAAGAGAUGUUUGCUGCAAAACUGCAGUCACGCGACAAACAGGUGCUGGACCUUUCGAAGAAAGUCUCGGAGUCUCAGCAGGCCGCCGAAAAGAGCAGGCACGACAACGAGUUACAACUCGAAACCAUCGAAGCAAAGGUGAAGCAGGCUCUGUGGGCCAAGGACGAAACAAUUCGAGAGCUACGAGAAGAGACGACUGCCCUCGAAACGAAGUGCUCCACCGCAGGACUCGACACAAACAAAGCAGUCGCCCCUCUGUGUGCAAAAACCCUCCAAAUCGGCCGGCGGCGCAACCCAUCGUCCUCGGAAAGCGGGGCCGUGGAUGCGCACAUAACACCCAAUGUGUACGUUUAUCUUGCUUGGGCGUCAUUUUGA